GUAGAAACCCAGAAACCAUACUCCUCUUUCCGACUUUCCCUAAACUAUUCGUACCAACUAUAAAAGCCCGCCUACUUUUAAGUAUAAAUCCCGGUUGACAAAUUUCGGUGCUUUCUCUCUCCUUCCAACUUACGCUUGCUCUGGUCUGAUUCAACUAGUACUCAAAUACUUACGACUUCUGUUUAGCUGGUGAAUUGUUGCUACCAAGGAUGGCUGAAGAGAGUCACAGAGUCGCUCUUAAUGUCUAUGAUUUGAGCCAGGGACUUGCUCGUCAGCUUUCUACCACAUUUCUUGGGAAAGCCAUAGAAGCAAUAUGGCACACUGGAAUUGUAGUUUAUGGCAAUGAAUACUUUUUUGGGGGAGGUAUACAGCAUGCUCCUGCUGGAUCAACACAAUACGGGACACCAAUGCGAGUUGUAGAAUUGGGGACUACAUAUGUGCCUCAAGAUGUGUUUGAAAGUUACUUGGAGGAAAUUGGUCCUCGUUACACUGCUGAAACAUACAGUUUACUUGCCCACAAUUGCAACAACUUCAGCAAUGAGGUUGCCCAAUUUCUUGUAGGAGCAUCCAUUCCAGAUUAUAUUCUUCAGCUCCCAAAUGAAGUUAUGAGUACCCCCAUGGGUGCUGCAUUUCUGCCUAUGAUUCAGCAACUGGAGGCAACAAUGAAAGCAGGGGCGGUGCCCCAAGUUCCUCAGUUCAGACCGCCAUCAUUAGGACAGGCUAAAGCAAGUGUGACUAGCAAUCAGAGCCAGUCCUCAAAUGUGUCUUCUGAAGCAUCCAAGAACAAUAUCGAAUCAAACAAAAAAGAGGAAGCAAACACAUCGCAGAAGACGAUAAACGAGGCAGUGCCUCCUGCUGUCGAGCCUAAGAAAGCACAAGAGACAUCUGAUGGUCCAGUUGAAGACCCUCUUGGUAAUGCCAGAGGCAAGGUGCAAGAGGAGAUCACCAGAGAAUUUGCUGCUUUAAUGGCUACAGGGACUCUGAGGGCAAGUGAGGCUGCUGCUCAAGCAACUCGUAACGUCAUGGAGAGAUAUGGAAAAUUAAAUCUUGCAAUGUCUUAGAAGACUUAGAAACGAUAUCUUACUACCUCAUUUAUUCUAUUUUAUUUGAAAUUUAACUCAAUUUAAACACAUCUCCAUAGCUUUUCUCUAUUCAAGUGUAGAAUUGUGUUUGGUUUCGUCAUGAAACUGGUUUUUGGCUCGCUGCAGUUGUUAUUGGUUAUCUGUUUUGAGGCAGAGUUUUGUAAACCAGUUCAAUGAGGAAUUAUCUUCUUAUUAGGGCUAGAAAUUGAUUGAAAUUGACAAGGUAGUUGUUAGCAUUUACUCUAGUAUUCACAUCGUUUCUUUUUCUGUUCUUUCA